UCCUUCCUUCAAAAAUCAGAAACCAAAAGGAAAAGAAAAUUAGGAGAAAGCAAACAAACAAGAAAAGCUAACUGAAGUUACAAAGAGAAAAAAGUUAAGAGAUUAACAUGGCUGAGACUAAUGGUGCAGCACAGGAAACUCAAGUAGCCAAACACCAAGAGGUUGGCCACAAGAGUCUUUUGCAAAGUGAUGCUCUUUACCAGUACAUACUCGAGACUAGCGUAUACCCAAGAGAGCCAGAACCCAUGAAAGAGCUCAGAGAAUUGACUGCUAAGCAUCCAUGGAAUUUAAUGACAACCUCAGCAGAUGAAGGACAAUUCUUGAGCAUGUUGUUGAAGUUAAUCAAUGCAAAAAACACCAUGGAGAUUGGUGUUUACACUGGCUACUCUCUCCUUGCUACUGCUCUUGCUCUUCCUGAUGAUGGAAAGAUACUGGCAAUGGAUAUUAACAAGGAAAAUUACGAACUUGGUUUGCCCGUAAUCCAAAAGGCUGGCGUGGCUCACAAGAUUGAUUUUAGAGAGGGACCUGCUUUGCCUGUUCUUGAUCUAUUGGUUGAAGACAAAAAUAAGCAUGGCACGUAUGAUUUCAUUUUCGUGGAUGCCGACAAGGACAACUACCUUAACUACCACAAGAGGAUAAUAGAACUAGUAAAAGUUGGUGGUGUGAUUGGCUACGACAACACCCUAUGGAAUGGUUCUGUGGUGGCUCCACCUGAUGCUCCAUUAAGGAAAUAUGUUAGGUACUACAGGGACUUUGUAUUGGAACUUAACAAAGCUUUAGCAGCUGAUCCAAGGAUUGAGAUUUGUAUGCUUCCUGUUGGUGAUGGAAUUACCCUGUGCCGCCGUAUUAGCUGAUUAUUCUGGUCUCCUUUUGCUUUUGAAUUUGUGAAUUUAUACUAUUUGAAUAUCAUCAUUAUCUCUAUUAAUAGUUCCAUAUUUGUAUUCCGAAUAUUGUAUUGCCGAAAUUAUAAGAAAUACUAAGAUUUCCUUUUUAUUUCA